AUGUUUUCGAAGAAAAAGAAAAAGCCACAAAUUUCCUUCCCCAGCAAUUUCGAGCACCGUGUGCAUACGGGCUUCGAUAAGCGGGAAGGACGGUACGUCGGUCUACCGCUGCAAUGGGCAUCGAUCGUGGGAAACAAUCAGAUACUGAAAUCAUCGAACCGGCCACUGCCGUUGGUCGACCCGUCCGAGAUCACACCGACCGAAAUACUGGACCUGAAAACGAUCGUACGGCCGCACGGUCAAGCUGGCCCGGGGCCAAAUGUGACCGUACCGGCGGGUGCGGGGGGUUCCGGUGGGGAACCUGGAAAACUCAUCCUGCCCAAAACGUCCAACGUAGCGCGUUCGAACUCGCUCCGAAGCUCCAGUCCUCCGCGGGUGCGCCGUGGAGAUUUGCGUGCCAAUACCAAUGUGCCACCGUCCGUGCCGGAAGAACCGAUACAAUCACCGUCGCAGCAGCAGCAGCUCGGCGGUGGCCAGUCUCCCUUCCCCGGCAUGAACAAUAACAGUUUCCCUUCGAUGCCGCCCGCCAAGGGUCCAGGCGGUGCAAAUUAUCCACCAAUUUCGCCCGCGGGCACAAUGUUGGAGACAAACUUUAAUAACAAUUUUGAGGCACACCAUCAACAAUUACACCAACAGCAGCAACACCAGUUGGCAUCAGGAAUGACGCAGCACCAAAUGCACAUGCACCAUAUGCAGCAACAGCAGCAGCAGCAGCAGCAGCAGCAACAGCAGCAACAUCAACAUCUUCACAUGCAUUCCCAUCAAGCUCAAGUAGGCGCUGUUGGCGGGAGCGCACAAGCUCCAGCAGCACCAGCAGGCCAUGCCAUUGCUCCGCAUAUGAACGGUGGCAAUCUGAUAGCGAGCAACAGCACGGCCGCAUCGACCAAUGGUACUGGCUCGAACGGAAACCUCUCGAAUCCGGUCAGUGUGCUAACGGAAACAUCUUCGCUGUAUCAUAACAGAUCACAAAAAUCCUCACCGACUGGAUCCGACGGAAUGCAGCGGCAAUAUCCUAACGCAGGAUACCCUGGUCAGAUGCAGGGCAACAGCAAUUUCCAUGCCCCAGGUAUGAUGGUUACUGGUGGUCCACCUCCACUACACAGUAAACCACAGGGACCAAACCAUCCCGGACAGGAUGGGCAAACCAUGGCAAACAAUCAGGGAGCACUAAACCAGCACCAUGCACACAUGGGAGAUACAAACAAUGGCAACCAUCUUCCACCCGGUCCACCCCAUCACCAUCACCAUCAUCAUCCGCACGGUAUGAUGGGUCCCGGCAGUUCGGCUGGUACUCCACAACCGUCCGGCUCCCAACUCUCCCCAACAAACGUUCAUCACCAUCAUCAUGCCCAUCACCAUCCGACACAGCAACAGCAGCAGCAGCAGCAGCAGAUGCAGGCACCACCAAUGCUACAGAUGGGCAAUAAUCAGAUGCCAAAUCACCAUCAUCACCAUAAUCACCAGAAAAUGCCAUCACCAUCGUCGGUAUCGAACGCGGGUGCUGCCGGUACAGGAGGUCCACCAACGGAUCCGAACCACAUGUUUAACAACAAUUCCAUCAACAAUGCCAAGAGCAAUUCGCGUGCAUCUAGCUCGAGCGGUGGAAAUGUGUCCGUUGCACAAAGUACCUCGUCCACCACGCAAAGCGGUCAGAGUCAGCAGCAGCAGCAGCAGCCUCCGGUAAAAACGGAACAAAGGCUUACCCACGAGCAGUUCCGCGCCGCGCUACAGAUGGUCGUGUCGGCGGGUGAUCCGCGUGAAAACUUGGAAAACUACACAAAAAUCGGCGAAGGUUCAACCGGUACCGUGUGUAUUGCGACGGAUAAAUCAACCGGUCGUCAAGUAGCGGUCAAGCAGAUGGAUUUACGGAAACAACAGCGGCGUGAACUGCUGUUUAAUGAGGUAGUGAUUAUGCGUGACUAUCAUCAUCCGAACAUUGUGGAAACGUACAGCAGCUUUCUGGUGAAUGAUGAGUUGUGGGUUGUGAUGGAAUUUUUAGAGGGUGGCGCAUUGACAGACAUUGUGACACAUUCCCGGAUGGACGAGGAGCAAAUCGCUACCGUUUGCAAGCAGUGCCUUAAAGCAUUGUCAUAUCUUCACUCACAGGGUGUCAUUCAUCGGGAUAUAAAAUCUGACUCCAUCUUGCUCGCCUCCGACGGACGCGUGAAGCUGUCCGACUUUGGUUUCUGUGCGCAAGUAUCGCAAGAACUGCCCAAACGCAAGUCACUCGUCGGUACACCGUACUGGAUGUCGCCGGAAGUGAUCUCCCGAUUGCCGUACGGCCCAGAGGUAGACAUAUGGUCGCUCGGUAUCAUGGUGAUCGAGAUGAUCGAUGGUGAACCACCGUUUUUCAACGAACCGCCACUGCAAGCGAUGCGACGCAUACGCGAUAUGCUACCGCCAAAGUUGAAGAACUCUCACAAAGUGUCCAGCAGGCUACAGAACUUCCUCGAUCGUAUGCUCGUGCGUGAUCCGGUGCAGCGUGCCACAGCAGCCGAACUGCUUGCGCAUCCUUUCUUACGGCAGGCUGGUCCACCUUCGCUGUUGGUGCCGUUGAUGCGCGGCGCACGUCACAGUAAUUGCUAG